ACUACAUAGUGUUGUACAUAGCUGCCAUUCAAUAUUUUUAUUUUUUUACAAAUAUCACAAAUUAACUGUAUUAUUUUAAAGUAUUAAUGUAAUAACUAUACAAACUAUUGUAUGGAAUAAAAAUGUUUUCACAUUGUCAUAUAGUGAUGUAGUUCUGAUUGAACUAUUGAGUAAUAAAACACAUUUUUAAAAACAAUUAUGAUAUAUCUAAGAUGUUACUAUAAAUAUUAUUAUAUAACUUUGUUAAGCAUUUUCCUUGUACUGUGUUUAAAUGUUUAUUUAGUGUUCUUUUUUUCGAAAGAUGUAUCACCUGUAAGGACACCAGCUGUAAUAAAACACAAUGCAACAUAUUUUGCUACUCAAAAUAUUAUGAAUUCGUUGAGUAAACUUGACAAAGAGUAUGAUUUACCAGUACCAACUUUUCAGUCAAAUGUUUUAAGAGAACUCAAUGUACUCUUAAGUAAUUUAAAAUUAAAGAUCAAUGGUGAUAUUGAUUUAUUUGCUGCUACUAUUAAAGUAAUGAACCAAAAUGGACUUAUGCCUCUUCAUGGUACACCAUAUCUAGGAUCAACUAUAAACUUAUUAAAAACAUCAAAAAUAAUCAAAACAUAUAAUGCAUUUAAAGGAACCCAGCUUAAGUUAAUACUUAUGUUUGAAAAUAAACAAGAAGUUCUAUUUAAACCAAAAUGGUACCUAGAAUCUGAUAUUAUUGAAGGCAGUGUGUAUGCUGGUAAAGAUCGUUAUAAUGGUGAAAUAAUAGCAUUUUAUAUUUCUCUUAUACUUGGAUUUCCACGUGUUCCAAUUGUGGUGAAACGAAUCUUAGAUGCAUCGGAAUUGCAUGAAACAGCAAAUGUUGGAUUAAAAAAAACAAUGUACAUAAAUUCAACAACCAAGGAGACAUGUGUUUAUGGAAAAUGUUAUUAUUGUAAACGUGAAGAUCCUGUAUGUACAAAAAGUGAACGUCUUGAAGGAGCAGCAAUAUUUCAUUUGCCACCUAAUAUAAAGCUUAAACAACAUUUGCAUCCGUGGAGAAGGACAUAUAUUGAAAACAAAAGAGCCAGAUGGGAAGACGAUAAUGAUUACUGUGAUAGUGUUAAAUCUAACUAUAGUUCUGAAAGAGUCUUAGAUUUUAUUGAUGUAUCUAUUUUUGAUUUUAUAAUCGGAAACGGAGAUCGGCAUAGAUAUGAAGUUGUGGAACAGUUUAAUAACACUAUUCUUUUAAUAGAUAAUGGAAAAAGUUUUGGAAAUCCUUACAAAGAUCACAUUGACAUACUAGCUCCACUUUAUCAAUGUUGUAUAAUCCGUUUGAAGACAUGGGAAAGACUUAAAUCAAUUAAAGGCGGAACAUUCACAAGUAUAUUACAAACUAUGUUGGACAUACAUGAGACCUUAUCUCUUCUUACUCUACCACAUUACCAUGCACUCGAGCGACGACUAAAAAUAAUUUAUGCUACAGUUGUUAUGUGUCAAAGAAAAUCAGAAAAAUCGGUUCUCAAAUGAUCUUAAUAACAUUAGCAUCGUUAAAAUCCAAUAUUUAAUUAAUUUUUAGAUUUUAUUUUUAUUUGUUAUUGUCUCACUGUGAUAUCAUUUGUGUACUUAGAUUGUGAAAUAUUGUACGCUCAAACCUUGGUCUAGAUCUACACAAUCAGUUUGAAACUAUUUUAUAAUAUCUGAUGUUUAAUGAUUUUGUAAAAUUUUUCAUGGAACGAUGCACAUUACACGAACUUUUGAAAACUGAUCAAUAUGAUAAUUUAUAAUAAGAAUAAAUGUAAAUGUGUAGGUAGGUAAUGCAUUACUUGGCACUAUUCAUCUCAGGGAUAAAAUAAAACUUGGUGGUUGGUACUUACCCAAAGUAGACUAGUUAACUUGGAUUAGUUAAAAAUAUUAAGCUAUUAGUUAUUAAAAUAUGUUUUGUACAACCUAAGAUGAACAAAUCGUGACUAACAUUUUAUUAAAUAAUUAUAAUUUAAUACAAAUAAAUAUCAGAAUAUUUAUAAUUAUUAGUAAAAUAUCUUAUUAGUGUUAUCUGUUAUGGAUCAAUUAGUUUUUACUAGGUAUCACAAUUUGUAUAUCUUAAGUUGUACUAAAUAUUUGUUUGGUAAAAAUGCAACUAAUAUGCUUUCCAGUAUUCAUUAAUUAAGAUUAUACUUCAUAGUAAAUUUGCAACCAUAUAAAAAUGUAUAUUGUUGACUUAAAAUACAAUUGAGAAAGCUUUUUUGUCCGCUUGGCUGAACAUUUUUUUUGCCAUGUUAAUUACGCUAGAUGCAAAAUGGUAUAUGGGUAUAUGAUCUUCUACCUUUUUUUUUCAUAAAACAUAAUAAAAUAAAUUUAUCUUUGCUUACAGCUAAAUUUUUUUUAUUAAGUAGUGUUAAUACUUAAAAAGGGCCUGUAAAUGUCUUAUUUCACUUCCAUUUUAUAUACAGUUGCAAAUCUUCUGUUUUGUUUUUAUUUAAGUUAUUUUCUGAAUCUAUUUUGAAAUAUUCCUGUUAAUGCAUCGGUAACAGUCCAAUACGUGACCUAUAUUAUAAAUUAAUUUAAUUAACCUGUAAAUUAAUUUCUUACAUUUUAAUUUCAUUUCUCAGUGUCAUCAAUAGCUAUAUUAUUUCAGUUAGUUGUUGUUAAACGUCUUUUUCGUCAUCAAAAAUGGUUCUUAGAUUUUGACACGAUUUCCACUACUUUUUUUGGAAUUUUUUAUUUAAUGAAAGAAACGCCCUAUUUUUAAAAAUAUUUUACUUGGAUCUUAUAAUUCUCCAUAAGCUUUCAAUUUAUUGAGUGUGUACUCCUAUUUCCGGGGCGGGCCAGUAAACAAUUUUCUGAGAGGUUAACCGUUUGAUGAAUGUAUCCCUGACGAUUUAGGAUUGAGUACAAUCUCCAUUUAUCGCUAUACAUUUUUGUUUCAGUUUUUAUUUCAUUUUUAAUAAUUGGUUUAACUGCUGGGCCGACUAAAGUUAUGGGCUACGCGGGCAAAUGCUCAGGGCGCUGGUAGGUAAGGCGCGUCAAACUGAAAAUUAUUUACAUUUAAUUUAUCUUUUGAUACUCAUAAACAAAUAAAAUUAUCAAUAAUUUAUAUUAUUUGAAAUAAGUAACAUCCAAUAUACUUUUAAUUGAAGAUGCUUGCUAGUUUUAGUUUAAAAAUAAAGUUUGUAACUAUAGGUACCACCUCUUUUGUGCUUGCAAAAGUCGUGACUGGGUCACCAAUUAUUUUUUGAUAAUAUUUUACGUAUUUACUAUUACGAUUUACCCAAUUUUAUAAAUAAAUUCAUUCUGGAUGGCAGACGAUAACAUGCUUUUCGUUGUAUAAUACACAAACAGUAGUCACUCGCGUUUAUUUCUUUUGAUGGCUGAUGAUUUUCACAUUGUAAUAAACUACGGAGUACGGUUAUACUUAAAAUUAUUAUACCUUGAAAAAGGUACUCGUCAAUUUGGACAGUUCUCUGUUUUUAAAAAUCAAUAUAUAGUUGAACGUCGAUAACUCGAAUGGGUUGGGGGCUAAAAAAAAAUUCACGUUAUCAAAAAUUCGACUUACAGAGAACCUCGAUAACUCAUCGGUGUAAGGCAGGGGCCAAGGCAUUCCUUCGAGUUACCGAAAAUUCGACUUAUAUAAGUUCGAGUUAUCGAGGUUCUACUGUAUUGAUAUAUCUCUACAAGGGUAUUACCAAUCGACGAUGGGAUUCUUGCUUUUGCUAGUUUAAUUUACAGCUUGAUUUAAUGGAACUAAAUUAUCUCAGAACUAAACUACUUCCAUUAUUCGACAUAAUGAUGGGUGACUAAAAAUGCCACUAUAUUUAUGAGUUGAUUGAUAAAUCUGGCACGUUUUGUACAUCGUUAUGGAACUACCUUUUUCAUAAUGCUAUCAGAGCUUUGUUUUUUACUACUUCUUAAACAUUCCACAGGUUGGCCAUUGUAUACAAAUUCGUCUUUCGCCUUUAUUCAUGUUAUCGGAUUACCGGCCAGUAAUAAGUUUCGUUAUUUUAAAUAUUGAAAAAAUGUCUCUUCAUCUCUAAUAAUAUGUCGAUACAUAUAGGUGAUCAAUAGUUGGUGUCAUUUUAAUAUUUUAGUAAUUCAUGAAACACAAAAUUUGUGAAAUACUUAAAAAUGUAUAAGUUAAGCGCUCACGAUUUAAAAUUAAAAACGGAACUUUACUGAGAUCAUUAAAGACAUCCUGUGAAAAUCUUGUGAUAGUUGAUACACUUUUAAUUUGAUGCGUAACAUGAGUUUCUUAUUUUCUCCUCUCCUUUAUGUGUAUUGCUGUAAAAAAAUGCUUUGUAGAGUAGGGUAGUGUUCCAUGAUAUUUAUUUUGAAACUUUCUCCUCAAUUAUAUUUUGUUGAUUUCAAAUGUUUCUAUUGUACUUGUCCAGCCACGAUUGAUGUUUCAGUUGAAUUUGGGUCCUUACUUUUUCUCUUUGUACUCAUAUCUUUUCACGUAUUGUUAGUCAUGGAUAAGUAAAAUACAACAUCUGUAAAUGGAAAUAAUAUCCUAUAUAGCACGUGGAAGGGUUUAUCAUCGAAUGCAUUAUAUUCAAAUGGCACUCUUUUAUUAUUUUCGAUCUCAUGUACCCUCGUUAUUCAUAGUAGUCUGUAAUACUGAUCUUAUAAGGGAUUAUACCUAAUCAUUUUUUAACUUGUCUUUACAGUGAGAUGGGGUCGACUAACAAAUUUCGAAGAUCUAUAAACAACGCAUAAUACAAGUAAAAAAAAUGGGCUUAUUAUGAGUAUGGUUAAUCUUAUUUUGAAUAAUUAUGCUUUAAAAGUGUUAUCACCAAAUUAAUGAUCGUUAGUAGCAAAUAUAUAUUGUCAAAGGCAAUCUUUGAAGUUUUCGUUUGAUUUUCAACAAAUAUCGAUAGGUAUGGUCGUGGUUUUUUCUUAAAUUAAAUUUUUUUGUUAUUUUAAUAUGUUUAGACGAUGUUUAAAAAUCUUUAACUUACAGGACACAAAGUAAAAUAAUUAUUUAUGCCCAAAUUAGGUAAGCACCGACCAUUCUACGUCAUCUAUUAUUUAUAUGAAUGAUUAGCCGUACACGGUACAUUAUUUUUUUUUUAAUUUCCAGCAAUCUUUGCUGCAACCUUAUAUAACUAAAGUUGUGUUUUCCAUCAUUUCCUCCAAUCUAUGUUGUAAAUAAGUUUCCAACAUUUAAAUAAUAUGUAAAGCAGAAGUCACAGUAAUAAUUUUAUUCUUCUCUUCAAAAAAGUAUAGGCUUAUCAUCUCAAAUUGAGACACAGAACAUCACAUUAUUCAACUUAUUAUCGAAAAUGUUAUUAAUUUACAGAGAGAAUAUUAUUAAGAUAGAUGAAAAUGGGUCUCGUCAUUACAAAAUAAAGUGGCUAUUAGUGAGAUUUUCUGAAGAAUCUCCUGACAACAAUUUUUGCCACUCUCAUAAUCAGUAUUAACUAAGUUUUAAAUAAAAAUUUAUUUAUAAGUACUAAAUAAUACAUCUUCACGGAGACUUCUCCACCUGUAACUUAUCGUUCUUGUUUAAUUAUUACUACCAAUUCGCUCUUAGUAAAGUGGGUUCUAUUAUAUCUUGUUAUGUAUGCUUCUUAAUAUUUAUUUGUUGUUAUUAAAUGUUGAGUAUUACCCCUUUUUGGGGACUUGUCCAGUGUAUUGAAAUUUGUAUUGAAAUUCUGCCUUUUUAUACAGUUCUGGAAAUUAAGGAAUUAUUCGUGGACAAUUUUAGAUGGAGUUUUCUUGGUUGUUUUGCAUGUAAUAUUUAUAUCCUGUUCAAUUUCUAUUAGUGUUUGAUAGUUUUGCUUUUCACUGUUUCACUGGUAGUUCUAAGUAUGAGGAUCAACUAGUUUUGCAUGAUCGUCCAUUUGAGGAUGAUUGGUUAAGUUUAAUUUUUAUUUAUUCUGAUUAUAUUUUAUACAUUUAGUUGAAGUGAUGACAGUGCCUUUGUCAGGGACUAUUCAAUUCGGCAUUCUUCUUGGUCUAUGAACUCAGUUACUCUUUUGAUUAUCCAUGUUGUGUCAGUGAAUUUCGAAUCAUAUAAAGAGACUUUUUCGAGAUUAUCGACUAUAAGUAAGAGAUAGCGGUUACUCAUUAUGUGUAUCUUUAGCGGACCAAGGUGAACGAUAUGGAUGAUAAUAUAAGGCUUGUAGCCUAAUAAGAUAGGCUGUGGUAAUUCUGAUCGCAAACUUUUAGCUAUCAUCUAUGUCAGUUAACUUGGUGAGCUAAAUUAAAACAUGAAUCUAGAAAGAGAUGUUGGAAUUAUUUUGAAUACUUUGAACAAUUUUUUAAAAAUGACAUAACCUAAACUUAAAUCUCUUAUUUCCGGCCGAAAAUCUCAUCUAUACUAAAACUUAUUCUUCUUCUUUCCUUCUUCACGUCAGAUUCAGAGUUUCCUGCGCGCCCUACUCGUAAUGUUGCUCUAUUUCCCGAUUAGUAGAUCAAAAUAAUGAAUCUCUCACUUGCUGCAAGAGGAAAGUCAAUAUCGACACCUUAAAUCGACACUUUAAUUAAUUAUAUUACUAUAACCAAAUUAUAAAUUUGUUUUUGUGUUUUAUCUUAUAUAGAAGUCUUUCUCAAUCAGUGUGUCACGACCUACUAGUAUGUCACGAAGUAUAUUAAAUGACACACAAUAUGUAAACAUUUUUGUCACGAUUUUCCAAAACUUAAAGGUAUUUGAUAUAAUUUCUAUGAUGAUUAAAAAUAAGUUGGUACUUUUCGGUUACCGUACUUCAACGACUGGCGACGACGGCAGGGGAAAUACUGAUUCCGUUAUUGUAGUAGACGCACUUUUUUUUUUGACUCCGAGGCCUACCCAAAGUGGUUUUACACAAAAGUCGAGGGAUAUUUUCAAUUUUUUGUCCGACCGUAGCGCAGUGAGCGAGUGGUAACGUUUGCAUCACUUCUCAAAAAUUCUGAACCCGUUAGGUUAUGUAGUACACUUUAUUUAUUUAAGUUUGUAUUCUUAUUAUGUACAACGGAAAAGAUCUCAUUUUUUAGGUGAAAAUCAGAAUUGUUGAAAAGUGAUGAUAUCAUUCGCUCGUUGUGGUGCGCUCGGACAAAAAAAUCGAAAAUAUCCCUCGACUUGUUGUAUAAACUAUAAAACCACCUUGAUUAGGUGGCUUCGGAGUCAAAAAAAUGCUAAAAUUACAAAAAACUACCUAUCUGUUAUUGACAUACAAGGAACGUCCGGAAAGUAAAGAUACAAGCUCUCCCCACGGCCGCUGGGAAUACUUUUUCGAACAUUGGCACUACCGAAACUCGUCGUGACAUGUCGCGAAAAAGUCGAGACUAAAAUAUUUUCAGUAGAUUACAAUCUCUGUCCGUGAGAUGUUUUCACGAUGGGUUAGUCAUCGCGCGCUUCCAAGCAGUGGCGUGCUCACGGGGGGGAUCAGGGUGUCAUAUCCCCCCUUUGGAUUUUUUUGCAAUGAUUUAUUGUUUACAUGAAAAAAAAAUUAGGUUUAAAAUUCAAGAUUUCGCUCGUAGAUCAAAAUGAAUAUCCCCUCCCAUUCAAAAAAGCUGGGCACGCCACUGCUUCCAAGACCUCUUUUAUUGAUUAUUUAAAGUGUAAAGUAAGAAGUGUGAUUCGUUUUCUUACUCAAGAAGGAGGCAAAGCAAUAUUUAUUGUAUUGUAUUGUAUGUCGCCAUAGUACAAAGGUUGAGAAAUACUACUGUACAAUACAUAUUCAUAAGUAUAUUUUGCAAAUUUAAAUACUACAUAAUAUUUCAUUUGAGCUUCCCCGUCCAUAAAAUAAAUAAGUAAAAAUAAAAAAUAAAAACAAUAAUUUUACACUACAUAGUUCAAAACUCAAUUACUUUGAAAAAUCUUCAAAGGCUUGAUAUGUAGGUAUACUGAACUCAGUAGUCACUUUAAGAUACAUCAAGAAUACCAAACAAACCCAUUAGUUACAAUUAAUGAUUUCUUUAUAAGAAAUAUUAUUUUCUCUGACAAUGCUUUAUUUAACUUUUAAAAUUCCAAAAUUUAAGAAUAAUUUUAUAACUGUUAACAUUAUUACUAAAAUAAUCAGUUAGACAUGCAAAAAAAUGAAGCAACAAGUAAUUUAUGGUAACAUGUUUAUAAUGCUUCCAAUUUUACAGCUGGUCCUUAGUAAAUCGUUAAACAUUGAAUGAUUAGGGCUUAUUUAAAAAAAUAGGUGAUUAAGUCAUCUUUUAGAUGUAUCAUUGUUUUAAUUUGAUUUGCUAAUUUAUUACAUUUUUUUUUUCAUAAAUUACAUUUUACCAUUGAUUAUAUUAUAUUGAAUAAGUAGAUUUAUAUUUAAUAAUAUUUAUAUUAUUUUUAUUUUUUUUUUUAUGUAUUUUUAUUGUAAGCAAUGUUGGCCAAAAAUAUUUUAUCAUAAAUGUAUUUAUUUCUAUUUGAUAGUACCUACAUAAAUGUGAUUUUAUCUAUUGUUCAUGAUCUUUUUAUAUUUAUUAUUUAUUAUAUAUUAGUACUCAUGUGUACUGCAGUGAUUUAAAAUUGUAUUUAUUGUUAUUUAUUGUAUUAAUUAUUAUAAAGUUUUAAUUAAAAAAAAAUUGCUUUUA